GUCAUCUAUUGAAUAUGUUGAAACUAAUUUCCUACGAAAAUGAUCCCCAAUUGUGGGCUUCAAUUUCUUCUUAAUUAUCUAUCAUCUUUUAUUAUCUGAAAGAAUUUUUUUGGAAAUUACAAAAAUGAUAAGGGGAAUCAGUCGCUUCCGUGACUUUAGCCUUCAAUUUAUCAUCAGAAACCAUAACCUUUAAAUUUAAUUAGUAAUGGAUAGAUUUGAGUAUGCAGAAUCACGACUUUUACCAAAUGAAAUUUUCAUCCGUCAAGAUCCUUCACUUCGAUUAUACGAUGGAGAUACAAAGACUAAUUUUAAAGAUGGUGAGUUAGUUCUUACAAGUCAUAGGAUUAUUUGGGGAAAAGCUGAAGAUAUAUCUAGUGGAAAAGUUUGUUUGUCAUUGUCUUUACGAUAUGUGGUAUUUUUUGAAGAAGAAAGUUCUGAUAGUUUUUUCUCUCGAAGUAAAAAAAUUAUUCUGCAUUUAUCAGAGCCUCCACUUGACAAAUUACCUGGGCCAGUUCAUAACAGUAUCCAUAUGUAUAUAAAAUUAUCAUUCAAAGAAGGUUUAAGCUCAAGUUUUUUACCCCAAUUGACAGACGUCAUAAUAAAAAGAUUAUGGGAGACUGUUCCACUAGUAUCGACAGUAUUGACAUCAGUUGGUUCAGCUGACACAAAUAAAUCACAACAACGAAUGAUCAAAACAAGGACAGGAAUUAUAGGAAUUGAAAGAAGUUUGCAAGAAAGACAGAAAGCUACUGAUGAGAGUAUAUCUAUUGCUUUUCAAGAUUUAAGAAAAUUAAUGGAAAUGGCAAAAGAUAUGGUAUCAAUAUCUAAAACUAUAUCUACGAAAAUACGAGAGAGAAAAGGUGAUAUUACUGAAGAUGAAACUGUUAGAUUUAAAUCUUACUUGAUGAGUAUGGGAAUUGAUGAUCCUGUUACUAGAGAUGCAUAUAAAAGUAGCAAUGAAUAUUUUAGGCAGUUGGCUCUACAACUGGCACAAAUUCUUGAAGAACCUGUUAAGGAAGUUGGAGGAAUGAUGACAUUGACUGAUGUUUACUGCCGAGUUAAUAGAGCACGAGGACUCGAAUUAUUAUCACCCGAAGAUUUAUUGAAUGCUAGUAAACAAUUAGCUUUAUUGGAUCUACCUUUAAUUUUAAGAGUUUUUGAUAGUGGAGUCAUGGUUCUUCAACUUCGAUCUCACGAUGAUAAUGCAGUCAUUGAAAGUAUUGCUGAAUUGAUAAGGGAUAGAGGAUCAGUUACAGCCGAAGAAUUAGCACAGUCGGAGGGAAUUUCAGUCAUUUUAGCUAGAGAAAGAUUACUAGUUACUGAAAAAUAUGGGAAAGCUUGUAGAGAUGAUACUAUUGAAUCAUUGAGAUUUUAUCCAAAUUUAUUUCUUGAACAAGAAAUGUAAAUUGAUACGAAUAUUUAAUUUAAAAAUAUAUAGUCUAUUUUUAAAAUGUUUUAAUAAUUAUUAUUCAAUAAAUAAUUAUUUUUAACUGUG